CAGUUCCUUUAGAGCAUUCAGUAAGUGGUUGUGAUGCAUGCCUUUGGAUGUUAGACUUGUUGUAGUUGAAUAAAUAUGGAACUUUGCUGGUGGAUGCUGAUGUGCUGGCUAUGGGCCAUACAAAGACCUAUGUUAUGUGAAGCAAAUGCAUUACUUAUGCCUCUAAGACCCCCAUGUCACUCACCCAAACCACGCCUACCUCCACACUGCCAAACCAUAAUAUCAUCCGUGCCUCAACUACUCCCAGCCCCAUCACCUCCGAGGAGGCACUCAUCCAUGUCUCAGCAACUAAUACUUUCAGCAAAAUCGUCAAUGUCUUCGCAAUCAUUGCCAGGACCAAAAAUAUCACCACCACCAAAACGACCGCCGCCACCAAAACGACCGGCAAAAAAAGAUGAAACAGAGUACUAAUCAAGCAGUACUAGUAGGUGGUGUACUUGGGAGUCUGAUAGUGCUGGUACUUAUUGCCAUAUUCGUUGCUCUCAUCAUUAAACUGGUAUGGAAAAGACGUGGACACACCCAGCCAGUAGAAGGAAGACGAUUUCACAACCGAGACAUGAUAAACACAACAUACACACACAGAGAGCCUUCGCCUUACGAAUGUCCUGCAAGGCAGCCACAAGACCACGAUUAUGCAGAGCUGGAAAGAGAACACCCACAUGACAGUAGCCAACAUCAGGACUUGGUCCACCUUUAUGAAGAGGCAGACAAAUACUUGAGGGGUGUCAAUGAUGAGUCUCACGCUAAUGUUGGGUAUCAAUUAACUGGCAAGGAAAUAAAUGGGAAAAGGCUACAGUUUCAGUGCAUCAUAACUCCUCCCCCUGAGGAUGAUUAUGCCAAUCCAGAUGAUGCAGUGACCAGCAUUAUUCAGGAGUCAACUGGAUCACAGACAGUAAUGGCAGAACAACACAACUAUGCUGUUUUGGAGCAAGACAUCGCCACAUUGGAAGGUUGAAUAACUAACCAAGUGUUAAAACGUUUUCGUGACUUAGCAGACAAUUUUAUCAAUGCAGGCAAUAAGGGGAUGGAGACUAAAAAAGAGGACUCCACAGAGAUCUCCCAUUCCCCGCUCACUGAAUCCUCAACCACAAUUUCAGAGGUGGAGAACAAGAACGAAAGCAACACCCCAGCUAGUCUUGAAUCAAACAGCGAAUAUGACUAUCCCUCAUGCCAUUAAUGUGUCCCUCCCUUUCACAUGUGCACAAAUAAGUGUGUGUUAGUGUAUUUCUGGGGGAAAAUCCACAUCUUUCCCAAACGGUUGAUGUAAUAAAACUUUCA